UUACGGGUUUUGAUUUGAUAUCAGGCCGAUUGAGUGAAGCAAAGGAGAGGAAUCGAUGGCCACGGUUGAUGUAAUCAAAUGUUGCCUCGACUCCAUCAGACAAAUAUCUGAGAACAUUAAAGAUGCAAUUGUAUACUUGGAUGCUGGAAGUUCGGAAAGUUUCCAGUUUGUCGGGGCAUUCCCUUUGUUUCUGGAGCUUGGCGCCCGGGCUGUUUGUAGCUUGGAGAACAUGUCAGCUCUUGAUAAGGCUGUCGAUUGGAGUACUGAUUCUGAUUCUGCAAGGAAGAUUGUGGUGAUUACAUCGCGUCUUCUGAUUGAUGCACAUCGGUAUAUUUUACGUUGCCUGAGCACGCUCCAGAAUGUCCGCCAUUGUGCUAUAUAUACUUCCAUCUCAGAGGUAGCCCACUCGACGUAUCCCAAUUCACCUCUGGGCCCAGAUGCUUUUCACGAAUACGAAUCUCUGCUCAACCAAGAUUACGAGGAGCUUCUUAAGAAACACGAAACAGAUCACAGUUUGUCUGGAAACGUAAGUCUCAAGGAAAGUACUAACUCCGAAGAUGAAGGAUGGUCGGAACUAACUUCUAUUGAAGACAAUAUUACUGGCCAUGAAAACGAAGAUGCCGUUUCAAGCGCAAGACCUCAUCAAGAAGACGACUUGGGGCAAAAAUUGAUGCUCUCAGUGCAUCACUUCCCGUUGAUUCUGUGUCCCUUUUCGCGUAAAGUCUUCGUCUUACCUUCAGAAGGAUCUGUAGCUGAAGCAAGCUUAUCUGCUGAGCAUGAGAAUUCUGUAAGUUCGGGUUUACCUCCGUUAAGUACCGGGAGACUUGCCGACACCGAAGAUGUCAGUCCCGGGGCAACUCUUACUGCCCAAUUUCUCUAUCAUUUGGCCUUAAAGAUGGAUCUGAAACUUGAAAUAUUUUCUCUGGGUGAUUUGUCGAAAACGGUAGGAAAGCUUUUGACAGACAUGUCUAGUCUUUAUGAUGUUGGUAGACGUAAAAGAUCAGCCGGGCUAUUGAUUAUUGAUCGUACACUUGAUCUUCUUACUCCAUGCAGCCAUGGGGACUCGCUUGUGGAUCGGAUAUUUUCAUCCCUGCCUCGUAGGCAACGCGUAACGUCCUUGAACCAGACACGAGUCUCCCAAAGCCAACUAAAAAACGACCCACUGAAACUAGAACGUGCUCCUCUUUCUGUACAGAUUCCACUCGAAAAAUUCAUCAUUGAAGGAAAUGCCAAAAGCAAUUCUCAGCUUUUGAAAACUUUAGAGGCGUUUUUGGUUGGGUGGAAUACCGUUGACUCAGAUGUGCAGACUGUUGAGUUGAUGAAACUCAGUAAGAAACUAAGUGAUGAAAGUUGCUUUCAAUAUAACGAGGGUGAACUUCUGCACGGAUCCUUUGUCUCUACAGAUAAUUUCCAUGGAGCACCUUACUUGGAAGCGAUGCUUGACAGAAGGACGAAAGAUGGAGCCAUGCUAAUCAAGAAAUGGCUUCAAGAAAGUUUACGUCGCGAAAAUAUAUCUUUGGAUGUGAAAAUCCGCCCUGGUUUUCCUUCCAACUCGGAGUUACAGUCCUUGGUUAAGGCGCUAGCCAAAAGACAGUCUUCGUUUCUCAAAAACAAAGGCAUUAUUCAGUUAGCUGCAUCCGCAUUACAUGCCUUGGAUCAAUUGCAUUCGGCGAGUUGGGACGCUUUUAAUAGCGCCGAGAAGAUUCUACAUGUAAAUGCUGCAGAUACGAGCCAAAGCCUCGCUGCCCAAAUCAGCGACCUCAUAAAUAAAACUGCUUUAGUUGCUUCCCAAGUGCAAAAGAAAAAUCAGGGGCUAUUUACUCUUCAAGACGCUCUUCUCCUAGCAAUUAUCGGCUACAUAUUGGCCGGUGAAAAUUUCCCAACCUCCGGUUCCGGUAGUCCGUUUUCAUGGCAAGAGGAGCGUUUCAUGAAAGACGCUAUUGUGGACGCUAUUCUUGAAAAUCCAGCUGUCACGAAAUUAAAGUUUCUCCAUGGUUUGGAAAACUUGCAGAAAAUAAAAUCCGACGAGGAGAAAGAAGAUCCUUCCGUAAAGUUGGAUGAUGUGGAGUUUGACGAUGAUGAUGAUCAAUGGGGUAAUUGGGGAGAUGAAGAUGCCGAAAAAGAUACUGAUAAAGAGGAAGUUUUCGGCGACAUGCAGCUAAAGCUAGAGCUAAGAGAUCGGGUGGAUAAUCUUUUCAAAUUCUUUUACAAAUUAUCCAGCAUGAAAAGAAAUUUAGCCUUGGAAAGUAGGCGUAACGACGAUCCUUCUUCGAGUAAAGGGUUGCUGUAUAAACUUCUCACGAGCAUUUUAGACAAGAACGACAUACCUGGAAUGGAGUAUCAUUCCUCUACAGUCGGACGUCUUUUUAAGAGCGGAUUUGGAAGAUUUGGUCUAGGACAGGCUAAACCUAGUCUGGUCGAGCAGAACGUAAUACUGGUUUUUGUAAUUGGGGGCAUAAAUGGCGUCGAGGUGCGGGAAGUGCAGCAGGCGUUGACUGAGAGCAGUAGGCCCGAUAUUGAACUAAUACUUGGUGGGACAACAUUUCUUACACCAAACGACAUGCUUGAAUUACUUCUCGGUCAGUAUUCUCAUAUAUAGCGUGACGCGCGCGAACCUGUGUAAUGUCGAUCAGUUUAUACGUAGAGAUAGUUGGAAGUGUCACCAAAAGAUAUCUGUAAUUGCACUUUUGGAAGUUUUAACUUUGCUAUCCUACUCGACAAAUUAGUGUUCUCCAGAUCUCCUUCGUUAGGUACGAGAUGUAUGUACAUUGUUGUAAAACACAAUUUGACAGAAAACGCUGUAAUAAGUUUUUGUUUUCUCAGCAAAUUAUAUGUUUAUUUUUUUUA